GCUAAUCUUGCGGUGCCCCCCUGCCUCGUCGCCCAUGACCGUCGCCCUCUUCCUCUCGGCCGCCGUCGCCUUGACCCCGGGCCCUGCGCUUCGCACCACGCCGGCCGUCCGCCCUGCCGUCGCGCCGGCGCUCCUCGCCGCUGCCUCGGAUGAGUCUGACAAGGCGAUCGUGUCCAAGCCGGUCGCCAUCGCGAUCGCGGCCAUCGCCAUCGGCGGCGGCGCCGUGUACGGCCCGGCCAUCGUCAACAACCCGAUCAUGCAGAAGGCGGCCAAGAAGGCCAUCGGCGGCGGCCUCUCUGGCGCCAUCGCCGGCGUGGUUCAGGUCCUGGCGCUGAUGUGGAUGCGCACGACGAUGAACUACCAGUACCGCUACGGCUCGGGCACGCUGACCGCGAUGAAGGCGCUCUACGCCGAGGGCGGCAUCGCCCGCUUCUACCAGGGCGUGCAGUUUGCCAUCUUCCAGACGCCGCUCUCGCGCUUUGGCGACACGGCGGCAAACACGGGCAUGAUGGAGCUGUUUGCGGCGAUGGCGUGGGGGGCCAACGUGCCGAUCGCCGUCAAGACCGGCUGCGCCUCCGCGGCGGGAUCGCUCUGGCGCAUCUUGAUCACCCCUCUCGACACGCUCAAGACGACGUUGCAGGUCGACGGUGCUGCCGCGUACAAGCAGCUCGGCGACAAGGUCAAGCGCGAGGGGCCCGUCGUCCUCUAUCAGAGCGCGCUCGCCAACGCGGUGGCCUCCUUCGUCGGCUCGUAUCCCUGGUUCUUCGCCUUCAACCUGGCGAUGCGCUGGCUGCCCGCCGCGCCGGUCGGCGACCUGCUCUUCAAGCUCGUCCGCUCGGCGGUCGCCGGCGUCAUCGCCUCCUUCGUGUCGGACGUCUUCUCCAACUUCAUCCGCGUGCUCAAGACGACGCGCCAGGUCCGCAGCGGGAGCUACCGAGGCCGCGCGUCAUGUUCACGGUCGUGUGGAAGUACCUCGAGACCUCGAGAUCGCCUGAGGGGCGGGCCUUGUGCCGCCCUCCUUGUUUGCCACCAGGCGUCCAUGUUCACGGUCGUCUGGAAGUACCUCGAGGGGCGCAUGGCCUAAGCGGGCGGGCGCGGCGGUGUGGCGCGCGCACGAAGGCGGAAGGCGGCGGCGGAAGGCGGCGGCCCGCUGGCGGCGGCCCGUUGGCGGCGGGUGGCUGGCGGCCGGCUCUUCACUCCCCUCCCCUCCCUCCUUCGCUGUACGCGACUACACGACGUUGGAGCGUGAGCUUGGAUGGCAUAGUUUGCCUCGCUCGCUUCUUAUUUGACGGAGCUGCCGUGAGGGCCAAAUCGCUUACGCUUUAUUGUCGAGUGUCCAUGUGUGCGCGAGAAGGCUGGUACAUGUGCAAUGUGGCUGGCCACUUGGCUGGCCGCGCUGCAUGCACCCGCUGUGGUGGGUGUGGCCGCUAGAGCCUAGACCGUAGACGAGAGGCUAGCGCGCGCUACUAAAGCGGACACAAACUC